GGCGGCGGGCAGGCUCCCCGUGGCGCCCCCUGCCGGCGGGCCGGCGUACGCGCGGCUGCGCGGCUCCGCCAAUGGGAGGCGGCGUGGCGUCAGGGCGCCGUGGGUUCGGCGGCGCGCGCGGCAGUGGGCACAGCGGCUUCCGGUGCGGCGGCGGCGGCGGGGCCUGGCGGUGCGCGGCGGCCAUGACGGCGCACAGCUUCGCGCUGCCGCUCGUCCUCUUCUCCGCCUUCUGGGGCCUGGUGGGCAUCGCCGCCCCCUGGUUCGUGCCCAAGGGGCCGAACCGUGGGGUGAUCAUCACGAUGCUGAUCACCACCGCCGUGUGCUGCUACCUCUUCUGGCUCAUCGCCAUCCUGGCCCAGGCCAACCCCCUGUUCGGGCCGCAACUGAAGAACGAAACCAUCUGGUAUGUGCGAUUCCUCUGGGAGUGAGCAGUCCCUGGUGGCUGGCACCUGAACAGAGACCCCCCACCACCAGAAUUGUCACCCUCUUGCUGCUGUUCCAGCCUCUACCCUCCUGUACCUGGCAGCCCCCAGAGGUGCUGGGACAGAGGCUGGACCCGCUGCCCCAGUGUACCCUGAACACUGCAACCUGGACCAGUGAUGGCUGGGGCCCUGAGCAUGGCAGGCAGUGCCCCUGGGACAAGGUCCUAGUAAGCCCUGCCCUGGGAGCAGCCACGCUACCAGGGAGAGAUCCCCUCAGCUGUCAGAGUGCUGCAGUCACUGACGCUGAGCACCAUCCUGAGAGAGAUCUGUGUGUAGUGCCACCAGAUCCUGUCCCUGCAGUGCUUGCCCUGCUCCCUCCAGUACACUCAGUCCUAUCCCCUCGAGUGAACCCCCUGCUCGUAGCCCAAGCUGCCCAACUGGUUACCAUAUCCGCGGUCAUUUCAGGCACUGGCUGCCUCUCUGAGAAGGCAGGAGCCCAUUGCAUCCUCUGUAGUAUGAUGAGUUCCCUGCAGUAGGGGUGGUCCUUGCUAAGACAGGUUCUAGCUGUGAGUGGGAGAAGGGAGGGCUGACACCAGAGGAGCAUGCAGAUCCCCCUGGGUGUGAUGAGGGAGGUGCUGGGGUACAGGGCAGGGGGUUCUGUUUGGCAGCCUGCUGGAGGGGAUUAGGGAGGUGCUAUGUCUCCUCCCAUCCCUCCCAGCAGCGAGGGAGCUGCCGUAGUGUCUAGGUAUCACCACCACCUCCCAAUCUGUGUUCAGGUUCUGAGAACAGAAUAGGGCGUUGUGUUUUAUGUUUCCCCUUAUUUAUUAGACAAUUUGCCUGUAUGUAUUUAUUUGUCUGUGUUAAAUUUGUGUUGUGGAAAUAAAUCCUUUUUCUAGUAA